GAGUGUGUAAGGGAGAGCACGGACUACAACACUCUCGAAAAAGAGCCGUUUAUAUACCAGGGCUAAAUUUAGGGAGUAGUGCGCUACCUCAAUCCUGAACGAGUCUCCACCGUUUACGUGUUUCCUCCGCUUCAUACAAUUGGUCCAGCUUUUCAGCUGCAAUAUUUAUAAGGUAGGAUCUCCUACCAAUCAAACUUGUAGGCUACAUGACUUUGAAACACUACUUCAUAAGAGAGGGAAACUUGUAGCUUUACUACUUGUGAGGGUUGCUCGAGUGGAGUGAAGAAGGCUGAACGUACGCCGAAUUUGCAAGUAUAUUUGUAAACACAAAGACAGAAUUUUACGUUACGAAACAAUCCCUGACAACGAAUGGAAAUGGCCUUAAGCGGGUCCAUUUUACCAUCGAUUUCUACAUUUGCGAACCAGAAGGAGAAAGGUUGGGAAAACCAGAGAUGGAAAAGCGAAAUGGACAAGUCCGUGCAUUCCAGUUGCUCUGUGCAUGAUGUUGUUAUGAACAUGGACAAUUGCUCUGGCAGAAAGGACGACGAGGAUCUCAGCAAUUUUCUGGAUCUGGAUUUUAUUCUUUCUAACACCACCGGCACGGAAAGCCUUACAGUGCUCGGGACGGGAGCAGGAGGGGAGUACAGGUUAACAGAGCCAGGCAACCUGUACCAGACGGGUAUCCCCCCAGCGGCAUACACGGUGCAGGAACAGAACAGUCCGCCGCCGUCGUAUAACAGCAGUCUUAUGGCGGAGCUUCUGAGACCUGAAGUUGACAACAGUUACUGCAUGUCCAGUAACAGCAUUCAGGGGAGAUUUCAUGUCAGCUCUUCGGCUUUCCCAAGUCAGGACUUUGUAGACAGUAUCAAAGUCGAGUCACCAAUGGACGGUUAUGGACCACCCGUGGGCAUGGUUCCUCAGAGCUGCCCCAAAAUCAAACAGGAGGGUAACGUUUCCUGCAUGAUGUCCUUCGAGCAGCCCAGGCUGGCGAAUUCCCCACAGGCAGCAGGCAACAUGACUCCGCCGCUGAGCCCAGACGAUCUCAUGAGUUCCGACUGCCAGUCUCAGAUGUUACACUCCAUGACCUUCGCGCAGAAUUAUCACUCUGCUCCGGGCUUCCCCCAUCCUCACCCACCUCCACCCUCCCAGAUGCAGCUCUCUUACCAAAGCGGGCACCAGUUUAGCAUGUAUGAAGAUGGACUUGGUAUGCAGCCUACCACUCAGAGAGUACUGCUGACACCACCGUCUUCUCCCCUCGAGAUGCUCGACGCGAAGCCCAAGAGAGGUCGUCGCUCCUGGCCAAGGAAGCGGACGGCUACUCACACCUGCACUUUUGCUGGCUGCGGCAAAACCUACACGAAGAGUUCGCAUUUAAAAGCGCACCACCGGACGCACACGGGCGAGAAGCCCUAUCACUGCAGUUGGGAGGGCUGUGGCUGGAAGUUCGCCCGAUCCGACGAGCUGACCCGCCAUUUCCGCAAGCACACUGGUCACCGUCCUUUCCAGUGCCACCUGUGCGAACGUGCCUUCUCGAGAUCUGAUCACCUGGCUCUGCAUAUGAAGCGACACAUGUGAGGAUACACAUACGGUUAUGGACUAUGCAAACGAGAAAACAUCGGGAAAAAAAAUAUUUCCCAAGUAUAUUAUUAUUGCUUCUAUUUAAAAUUUGCUUUAAAAAGUCAGCAAGGACAAAACAAUUUGACUUGUUACAUUUAUAUAUAUAUAUAUGAAUAUUUUAAAAUAAUGUAGCUGGUACUACUUUGGUUUUUGACAAAGGUAUUUUGUAAAAGGCUUCUGAAGAGCAUUACGGAGUGUUUGUUUUGUGGCAAACACAUCAACUUGCCAGGCUGGCCCUUAUGCACACCUCUGACGCAACUGGAACAAGACAUUAAAACGUACAAUGAGCAUUGUUAAAGCGGUUUAUUUUAUUAGUUACAAUAGUGCCUUUCUAUAAUGUAUGUAUGUUACCAAUGCCAUACUGUCCAUGGGCUAAAAAUCGACAAGUUUAUAUUUGAUAAAACUGUCAACAGCACAUGAGUUAAGCUUUGCAGACAAUGUUUUGUUCUUAAAACUGCCUUUCAGCCCAUAGAGGCAUAGAUUGAAUGUUCAGUAUAUGUCUUUUUUAUGUAUUGAAUACUAUAUGAAGUCAGGGUCUUUAAAUCUAUUGAAAUAGGUUUUCCAUUAAAAAAUUGUGUCUUUAAAGGUGAAUUUAUCGAUCUGUUUCAGCUCCGAGCUACACUAUUGAUGCAGGGCUAGAUGUCUUAUGCAUUUUGUUGUUUUCAAACCAAAACAAAUCUAUAUUAAGAACUGUACAUAAGUUGUAUAAUGUAAAUAGUGUAUUUUAAUGUACAUAUUAAACUAAAUUGAAAGAUGUA